AUGCUGUCACUGUGGAUUGGCACCGUGUUCCUUUGUGCCUACCUCCUCCUGCGAGGCUUCUUCUCGCCUUUAUCAAACAUUCCAGGACCAUGGUACACCCGCUUUACCAGCCUCUGGAUCAAGUAUCAGGAGUUCACUGCAAAUCGACGCGAAUCAGUUCAUCGCAUGCACAAAGUCUACGGUCCAGUAGUCCGUCUUGGUCCUGAUGAGGUCUCAUUCACCAGCUUGGAAGCGAUCAAGGAGAUCUAUGCUUCCGGGGGUAGUGGGUAUGACAAAACCGAAUAUUAUGAUCUUUUCAGACAGUUCAAGAUCAACAAAAGAAAACGCAUAUUUGCCGAAAGAUAUGCCAUGACCAACAUCAUGAAGGAAAAACCAAUGGCUGCAAUUGCCGAAAGAGCCUCGGUGUUCGUGUCAAAGUGUGAUGAGGCCGGAAGACAAAGUGUCGACGUAUACUCCUUACUGCACUGCUACGCCUUGGACUGCGUAACUCAUUUCAUGUUCAGCCCCGGUGGACUGAAAUCCCUCGACAACGCCAAAGACUUUGAAAUCAUGCACGAACUGACCUACCACCAAAGUCUCCAGAAAAAUCUACUGGAAUACUAUCUCCCCGCACUGGCACCAUAUUUCCCUAAAUUCCUGCACGCCCGAGCCUCCCCAAAGGCGAACCAAUACGUCCUCGACAUGGCCGCGCAGUCCAACCUCGAUACCCACUCCCUAAUGGAAAGGCUCCAACGAAAAGACUCACCCCUCGAGCAAAUCCAAGCUGCAGCCGAAUGCAAGGACCACAUGGCAGCUGGAAUUGACACCACUGGCGACGGACUAUGUUUCCUAAUGUGGGAGCUAUCGCAGCCGCAAAAUCUUGGCUUCCAGCGUCGUCUUCAAGAAGAGUUGAGGGCUGCUCCUUUGGAUGCGCCAUUGGAUAGUUAUGUCUACCUUGAUGCCGUUAUCAAAGAAGCAUUGCGAUGUGCGCCGCCUAUCCCGAUGUCACUCCCUCGGUAUGUGCCUGCGGGUGGACGGCAGAUUGAUGGAUUCUUCAUGCCUGAGCAUACGAUUGUGAGCUGUCAGCCUUAUUCGGUGCAUCGGAUUAAUGAGCAGGUAUUCCCUGAGCCUGACUGCUUCAAUCCUGAUCGGUGGCUUUUGGAGGAAGGGGCAGCGGAGCGGAAUAGGCUCUUUUUCUCUUUCGCUGUUGGGGGAAGAGGGUGUAUAGGGAAGAACCUGGCUCUUGUUGAAAUGAAGACGCUUCUGCGGCAAGUCUAUAUGCGCUACUGGACGACUGUUGCGCCGGAUAUGACUGCUUCUAUGAAAUUAGAUGAUCAGAUUAUCUCUUCCAGGCCGGAAGGACAAAGCUGCAGACUGGUGUUUAGUGAUAUUGAAUGA